UUCUUGUCAAGCUGGAUGGGCGACCCCUCCCGAAAAAGAAGGGGAGGUAGAAACAAGAGUGGAUCUAUAAAUCAAAAUACAUACAUAAUCCCAUCGCUUGGUGUGAAGUUGAGAAAGAUUUUUUCUGCACUAAAUUUUCGUAAACGCAUCGUAUCCAAAAUAGAAAUCACCGUGUCGGUCAAGGUUUUUGACUUUUCGCAGAUGUUUACUUCCGAGGAAAGAAACAUGAUGAAUAAGCUAGAAACGCUAAAGGAUAUCAGGUCGAAGACGUUGCACCUGGAAAAGAUCAAAGCCAGAAUACUCAAACAAAUUUCGACCACCAAUCAAGAGCACCAGAGUUUGUCCGAGUACCGCCAAGAAAUGGAGCUUUUGAUGCAGGAAAAAAUGGCACACGUCGAAGAGCUGAGACAAAUCCACGCCGAUAUAAAUGCCAUGGAGAAUGUGAUGAAGCAGGCAGAGGAGGCUCACGUCAAAGCUCUGGACACAGCCAAGAGGCUGCAUGAAGAGUACCUGCCGCUGAAGCUGGAAAUCGACCGAAUGCGCCACGAAUGCCUUGGCCUGGAGCGUCUUCCAGAACUGCACGAGAUCGACAGUAGAAUUUUCACCCCGGAAAAAACUGCUUUCAGCUUCUUUGAUAAGCAAGCCCUUAAGUCUGGAUGGUCUGUUGAACGCGAGGAGCCGCCCCAGAUGAACCCCGUCAACAUGAUGCACCACGUCGUGGCACCCUCGUCCUAUAUGCCACCUCAGCCUCCAGCACCGCCAAUGGGGCCUCAGCCGCCGCCGGUCAAUAAGGUGCAGGAACCGAGACCUCUUCUUUCUGCGUCUGCACCGUCCUUCAGUUUUAUUUCUGUCAGGCAACAACCGCCACCCAUGAAGGCUUGCCUCUCUUGCCACCAGCAGAUCCACCGCAACGCACCAAUCUGUCCGCUGUGCAAGGCCAAGUCCAGAUCUCGCAACCCCAAGAAGCCCAAGAAGAAGGACUAAUAAUUUAUGUAGGGACUUCAAGAAUAUGCAUUUAUCUCAACUUAAUGAAUGUCUUUGUGCAAGGCUGCGAUUUUGUGCCAAAUUUAUUUAAUUGGCUGCCAUACUUAAAUCCUUUUAUUUGUGUAUGUCCUGCAAAGCAACGCUAAUUUUAUUUGUAAUUCACUCUUCAUAAUGUCUUGUGUUAGCGUUUAAGUCACAAUAGAAUAGAUGUAUAUUUAAACAUUGAUAAUAAAUAUUUGGUAUAGUGAUAAACAGUUA